AUGCCGAAUGGUGAUCGAGUUUUGGAAAUUAGUCGACUAGCUUUAAUUGAUGAAGGAGUUCUUGGGGAUGAACUCGAUUUUGAUAUAACCUAUGCCAGCAAUUUUAUACAAUCAGCAGCCUCAUGCGGCGAUACUUUUGAAGGAGUUGCUGUUGCUGCUUCAAUGUAUCAUAAAGAGGCAAAUUAA